GCAACAACCCGGGUCCCGGCUUCCCCGGGUCCAACAACGGGACCCCCGGGUCCGGCCCCAGCACCCCCCGGUCCCAUCCGGACACCCCGGAUCUGGUCCCACCGCCCCCCCACCCCACCGCGCCUGCGCAGGCACCGCCUCGGGCCGUACCACCCCGCGCGGAGACAGAGGGGUGCGCGAAGAGCUAAACCGCGUCUGUCCUUCCACCAUCCGAGCCGCCCGGGGCUACCCGCUGCCCUCAUCGCCCGCAGCCCCGCCGCGGCUCUCCCGUCACCGCGUUCCGCCCCGCCUCGGUGCUGCGGGACACGGCGCCGGGGCGGGCUCUAAGUGGUACGUUCCGCUCGGCGCGGACGCAGGGCGGGACCGGCUCCGCGCCUCUUCCUCCGCGCCCGCCGCCGCCAUGAGCAUGCUCCGGCUCCAGAAGAGGUUGGCGUCCAGCGUGCUGCGCUGCGGCAAGAAGAAGGUGUGGCUGGAUCCCAACGAGACCAACGAGAUCGCCAACGCCAACUCCCGGCAGCAGAUCAGGAAGCUCAUCAAGGAUGGGCUCAUCAUCCGCAAGCCCGUCACCGUCCACUCGCGCGCCCGGUGCAGGAAGAACACCCUGGCCCGGCGGAAGGGCCGGCACAUGGGCAUCGGUAAGAGGAAGGGCACGGCCAACGCUCGCAUGCCCGAGAAGGUGACGUGGAUGCGGCGGAUGCGGAUCCUGAGGCGCCUCCUCCGCAGAUACAGGGAGUCCAAGAAGAUCGACCGGCACAUGUAUCACAGCCUGUACCUGAAGGUGAAGGGCAACGUGUUCAAGAACAAGCGGAUCCUCAUGGAGCACAUCCACAAGCUCAAGGCGGAUAAAGCUCGCAAGAAGCUCCUGGCUGACCAGGCUGAAGCUCGGAGGUCCAAGACCAAGGAGGCUCGGAAGCGGCGUGAGGAGCGGCUGCAGGCCAAGAAGGAGGAGAUCAUCAAGACCCUCUCCAAGGAGGAGGAGACCAAGAAGUGAGCGCAUCCCAUCUUGUGCGCGGGGGAUCCGCCGUCCCCCAGCAGCCAAUAAAGCUCCGGAGCCCCGACUGCUC